AUGCUGGGCCUCCGCUGCCUCACGCCGCGCGCGCUGCCGCUCACCUCGUCGUCGGCGGUGGCGGCGGUGGUGCAGACCCGGUCAGCCAUGCAGCGACGCUUCCGCACUUCCGCGCGCCUCUUUACGGCGGCUGCGGCCGUACCGUCGGCUUCGACUGACGGGCCGGCGGCAGCAAAGAGAACAGCGACACUCGAUGCGCAGCCAUCACCACCACCAUCGCGGCCACUCGAGGACAAGCCGCCGGCGACGCUGAGCGAGUGGACGGCGCAGAUCCUGACGCACGAGACGACGUACUACGACACGGCCGACCUCAACAAGGCGCGCUGUCUUCUCCUCUGCCUUCCCCUCCCUUCUUCGCCCACGCACCACCACCCCGCCGUCGCCGCGGAAGCAAGGAAGAACGAUGCUCGAUCCAUCUUCCACCUCUUCCCCUCGUGCCCAAUGCCGCUGGGUGCCGAACUGACUCUUUUCAACCCGCUCAACCCGGAGUCGGAGCUACGCUCGGACGGCACCGAGGCAUCCUGGAGCCCUCCAGAGGGACUGGAUCAGCGCAUGUGGGCGUCUGGCUCGUUUGACUUUGAUCCGUCCAACCAGAUGUGCGUCGGCGACGAGGUAGAGUGUCGCGUCUGCGUCGAAAAGGUCGAUGUCAAGCGGGGAAGGCAGGGCACCAUGGUCCUCGUCUGGCGCCGGCUCGUAUACCGCAACAUUAGAGGUCGCACCGUCACAGAGCGCAGGUGCCACGUCUACCGCAGGCCCAGGCGCGUCGGCGCACCAGACGAGGCUACGCCAACCGCCACUGCCCCCGCCACCAGCGCGACGCCGCCGCCCAACCAAGAAGAGGCGUACGACUUUGCAUGGGACUACUUGCCCACGCGCGCCACCCUCUUUCGCUACAGCGCGGCCACGUUCAACGCGCACCGCAUCCACCUCGACCCCGAGUACUGCAGGACCAAGGAAGGCCAUCCCGACUGCCUUGUCCAUGGCCCCUUGACGGCUACGCUCCUCAUGAACCUCGUCGAUAGCGCCGCAGCAGGCGGCGCAGCAGCAGCAACAGCAACAUCAGGCGACGACGCGACUCCAGCCUCGGAUCCGACGCGGAAGUUGCGGUUGCGACACUUUGACUACCGCGCAACGGCUCCCCUCGUCGUUGAGAGGACGGUGCGGCUGCGCGGCAAGUGGCAGCCCUCCUCCUCGGCCUCGCCGAACGGACGCACCGCCAAACUGUGGGCGCUCGAUGACCGCGGCACCGUGUGCAUGACGGCUACCGCCACCGUCGAGCCGGCCGCGUCCUGA